AUGAAACCUCCCGAAGAUUGCACCUAUAUUACGUCAAAUAUAAUCGUGAUGGGCUUUCCGGGGAUCCCGAAAACGCGGAAACUCGAAGGACACGUCAACAAUCGGGAAGCGAUCGCCUACUAUCUCGAAACUCGCCAUUCCAAACAUUACCGUCUUUUCAACCUCACCGAAGAGGAAUACGAUGAUCUCCUCUUCAACAGCAGCGUGUCCCAUUACAAUUUCACCGGCUAUUCCGCCCCCUCGCUCGGCCUUCUCUUCCACAUCCUCCUCGAUAUGGAGACCUACCUCGCCGAAGACCCCGCCAACACCGCGGUGGUGCACGAUUUCACCGGUGCCGGACGCGCCAUGCUGAUCACCGCCGCCUUCAUCCGCUGGGAAGGCUGGCUCUCCAGCACGCACGAAGCGCUCACCAUGUGUCUGACACGGCGGAAUCUGCCCUCCGAAGCCAUGCUGCCCUCCCAGCUGCGCUUUCUCGACUACUUCGAGUCCAUCAUGAACGGGGAGUUUCCGCCCCCCAUCGCGUUGAAACUGUCGCGUAUCACGCUGUCGUCGCUGCCGGCCAUCGAGGGCGGCGCGUGCUGCCCCGUGAUCGAGGUGUACAAUCAGCAGAAAAUCGUGUGGAGGUCGUAUCGAAAGGGAAGUCGCACGCGCGGCACGGUCAGCCCGGUGAAGACGAAUGAGACGAUCGUGUUCAAGCCGGACGUCCCGUUGUUGGGGAACGUGUUUGUGCGAUGUCGCCAUCUGCGGGAGAACGAGACUCUGACGACGCUGUUCCGUUUUCAGUUCGGAAUUGGAUUUGUGAAGCUGUUUAAAUUGGAUUUGGAAGGAAAUGAGUGCGAUCUGUCGAUGGAGAUGCCGAGUGAUUUUCAUGUCGUGCUCGACUUCCUGCCGAUGGACGUGUAG